AUGGGAGACAUUGUUCGUAUUUUAAGUUUCUUGUUAGUUUCUGCAAGUUAUAACGCUCUUGAUCUUUGUGAAGAUGAUCGUUUCGAAUCUCCGAAUAAUGAUUUUGCUACUUUCAAUGAUCCAUUGUAAGUUUAUCAUCAUUUCGUGUGAUUUUAAAAUUUUUAAAUAUUUUUGGAGAAAAAAUUUUUUUUAAAUUUUUAUGUUUUAGGAGAAUGACGGCUGCGUUGGGCUACAGUUCGGUGGGCAUAGUUGUGACAAAUAAUACAGUACAGGCUCAGCUCAGAUUUAAAAAGAAUAAUUUGUAAGUAUUUUUCGUAGGUAAAUAUUACAAAUAAAAAUUUUAAUUUUUCAAAAAAAUUAUUUUUUUUAAAUUAAAAAGUAUUUUUGCACUUUAUACCAUAACUUUUAAUUCAGUAAGUAACAUCUUUAAAAAUUUCAGCAUAACUCUAAAGUUUGGUCUAUGCACAGCUAGUUUUACCAUUAUGAAGCGCAGAAACGAACUGAUCAUUCAAGACGUGGAAACUGGCAAAAAAUCAACUACACCACAUGAUGAGUUCAAAAUAACAUUCAAAAAUGACAGUAUUAUAGUGGGAAACACCAUUACUAUAGUCGUGUUGUGUCCUACGGUAUUUACUAAAACUAAGUCCAAAAAUGGGAAUGGCAUAGUUACGUCGUUAUUAAUGGAACUGUUGGCUACAGAAUGGGACGAAAAUUUGGUUUUAAGUUUUGUAAGUCAUUUUAAAACUAUUGUUUUUGUUGUUAUAUUGUAUUUUUUUAGUUUUAAGUUUUACUACCUAAUUUGUAGAAUAAUACGCAGUUAUUGGCCGAACACGUUGCUCCACCAGAAAGUGCCCUUCACAACUUUGUUCACAGAUUCGAAUCGUUUUCUCUGUCGAUUACAAUGUUUGUCAUGGGGAUGAUCAUUGGACUACUCUUUGGCGGCAUUUUGAUGAUCACUUUGUACUUUGUGUGUAUGAACAAAAGACGAAAAAAGGUUAUAGAGAUUAUCAUGCUCGAGGCAAGUUUAAUAUUGCAAUAGAAAUUUUUUUUGGAUUAGGCAUUAUUGUUUUAUUUUUCAACUGGAAAUUGACAUUACUGUAAAUUUUACAUUUAAAGGUCGAAUGUGCUCUAAGGCCGCUACAAAUGAAAGAAGGUUCGAAUGAAGCCAAACAACGUUUCAUGAUGGAAACUCAAGAAAAACGCACCAAACUUCACAUUGCCAAAGCAAAACUAGGCCUGUUGCCAGACAUUGGAACCGAUUCACAAACGGAACAAAGAACUAAUAGAAGCAUGCUAGAUUCACCAGCAACUGAUCCUAACUUUAAGAAAGAUUAG